GUCCAAGUAAGAGAGUUACAUCUAUCUCUUUGUCUAUGGGAAAGGGACUCUUUACCGCCAGUAUUCACAAGUGACCCUACAAGACCUAUCGAACAUGGCGACCCCGGCUGUAUCUCAUCGGAAACAAGAAGAGCCUCUUCCACGCACACACAAGUGUGGCCAGUGCGACAAGGAGUUUCACAAACUGAAUGACUUGAAGAGACACGUGCGUACUCACACUGGCGAGAGACCAUUUAGAUGUGAGGGGUGUAGCAGGCGGUUUAGUGUGCUGGGUAAUCUGAAGAGACAUAUGAGAACCCACACUGGAGAGAGACCGUAUAAGUGUGAUAAGUGUAGCAAACGGUUUAGUGAGCAGGGGCAUUUAAAGAGGCACAGGCAGACUCACACCGGUGAUAAACCUUACAAAUGUGAAGAGUGCGGCAGACAGUUUAGUCAGUUUGACCAUAUGAAGAGUCAUAUGAGGACUCAUACCGGUGGGAAGCGUUACAGGUGCGAAGAAUGUAGCAAACAGUUCAGUCGGCUUGGUAAUCUGAAGAGACACAUGCGAACUCAUACCAGUCAGAAGCCCUAUAGGUGCGAUGAAUGCAGCAGACAGUUUAGUCAGCAGGGUAAUCUGAAGAAGCAUAAAAUGACUCACACAGGUGAGAAGCCUUACAAAUGUGAGGAGUGCGGCAGACAGUUCAGUCAGCUGGACAAACUGAAAACACACAUGCAGACUCAUACCGGGGAGAAACCAUAUAAGUGUGAAGAAUGCAGCAAACAGUUCAGUGUCCUCGGUUCUCUGAAAAUUCACAUGCGGAUUCACACGGGUGAGAAACCUUACAAAUGUGAGAAGUGCAGCAGACAUUUUAGUGUGCUGAGUAAUCUGAAGACACAUAUAAAAACCCACACCGGAAUAGUGGUGCACAUGGUUUCGACAUGCAUGGGGAAGAUUGCCGCCAAAUGA